UCUACGCGCAGGCGCGCUCUUUGAGCGUGCCGUACUGUUGCUGGGAUUCGUCAGAAGACGCGUGCACCUUAAAUUAGUUCGUGGUGCCCGGUGCCUGUGUCAAACCUAUGAUCAUUAACUGUUUCAUUGUUUUGAUCUCCUGCUCUACAAAAUUCGGAAAGUGAAAAAGUUACUGGGAGCCUGUAGUCGAGAUUUCUAAUUGAAAAAGGAAGCGCUGCUGUGAAGGGAAGUCCGCCCUCCUGCAUUUCUCACACCGCGGUGGCCUGUUAGCGAGUGAGGAGCUAAAUCGACCAUAAACCUGAAGAAGAAUCAGGAAAAGGUGAAGUCGUAUGUUUUGUAUUAUCUUGCAUGGUGCUUCAGAGAUAAGUUGAGCUGUCAUGCACAGAAUUGUACCGCCCUAGUGAAGCCAGCACUGCGAUGGUUACAAAGAAAUCUGUGAAGAAAGCAGCACCUUAAACUACACGGUGAAUCUCAAAGAGGAGAGAAUGGCUCAUGUCAAACAAGAGGAUUGUGGGUGGAGUUCUGUACAUCUGACAGGUUUCAGCACAAAAGAGGAGAAUUCUGAAGAGAGCAUUUGUAUUUUUAAACAGGAAGACGAGACGACAUCUGUGAGCGUUAAAGCAGAGGAUUGUAAGCAGGACACUAUUAGCCCUGAAGUACAAAAGCACACCACAUUAAAUGUUUUGAAGGAAGACCCAUUGCCAAAACAUGAUUUUAGACCACCUUCGGGUUCAACAUCCCAAAGAGAAAUGUGUAUUUUAGGGUACAAGAGGAGGAAACUUCUUCGCAAGUCACAGUCUGGGGACAAAAAUGCAGUCAGAAAAGAGAAACCAGAAUCGUCUGCAGGGCCAUCUGGAAUAUGUUUGCAAGAGGACAACAACUUUUCUCCUCUUCAGUGCAGAUAUCCAGUGAAACAGCAUGGAGAAAAUAGGAAGAAUCUGACAUCUUGCUCAGAGAGUUUGAUACCCUCAUCUUUAAAGUGUAAUUCUUUAAGCAGUGAGAAUCUAAUAAGGUUAGAGAUCAUCAAUCCUAAUGAACAAAAGCAAAAUAGUAAGCCCCUGGCUUUACACGUUGGCCAAGAAAUCGUGAAGAAUUUGAGCUCCAAAACGGAUUGUAAAGAUCUGGAAAGUGUUCAUAUCGGAGAAAAGCCUCAGUGCUGGUCUGAAUGUGGUAAACAGUUCUCACAAAUCGGUGAACUUAAUGCACAUUUAAGAAUUCACACUAGAGUGAAGCCACAUUGCUGUUUAGAAUGUGGGAAGUCGUUCACAUAUUUAAGUCAUCUUAAAGCUCACAGAACAGUUCACACUGGCGAGAAGCCAUAUUUCUGUGCAGAAUGCGGUAAGCAGUUCUCACAUAGCACCAAUCUUCAUAGACACAGGAGAGUUCAUGCUGGUGAGAAACCAUAUUGCUGUGAUGAAUGUGGCAGACGAUUCUCACAGCCCGGUGAUCUCCGAGCCCACACCAGAGUUCAUACUAGAGAGAAGCCACAUUGCUGUUCUGAAUGUGGUAAAUGUUUUUCACGUAUUGGCAAUCUCAAAUCACAUAAAGUAGUCCACACUGGAGAAAAACCAUUUUGCUGUUCUGACUGUGGCAAGCAAUUUUCUCUGCUGGGUGAUCUUCAAAGACACAAGAAAAUACAUGCUGGAGUAAAGCCCCAUUGUUGUUCUGAAUGUGGCAAACGAUUCUCACAUGUAAGCAAUCUUAAGGUACAUUCAAGAGUUCACACUGGAGAGAAGCCGCAUUGCUGUUCAAAAUGUGGUAAACGAUUCUCCAACACAAGUGAUCUGCGGAGGCAUACCAAAAUUCACAGUGGAGAGAAACCUUACUGCUGUUUUGAAUGUGGGAAACAAUUUUCAACCUUCAACCAUGUCACAAGACACACAAAGAUACACACUGGGGAAAAGCCAUAUAGUUGUUCUGAGUGUGGCAAGCAAUUCACUGAACUACGCAAUCUUCGACGGCACACAAGAAUACACACUGGAGAGAAGCCUCAUUGCUGUACUGAAUGUGGUAAACGAUUCUUAUACAAAAGUAGUCUUCUGUACCACAGCAGAACUCACUCUGUAGAAAAUUCUCAACCGCCUUCAGGAUCCCACCAGAAAGAUCUGACCCAUGGACGACUUGGGAGUAGUAAACUGAGAGAGAGCUGAGAGACUAAUCAGGGCAACACGAUACAGUGUUCUCUAACACCGUAGUCCACAACAGAGAGAAAGUAGUGAAUCUUGAUAAAGAGGAGAUUCUGCUGAAAAUUGCACACUGCAUGGAUAGAAACACAAUGCUGAUGACCUUGAAUGUAUUCAUAGAAACUGGCCAGACAAUUUCCCUGCAUAUUACCCCAAACGUUAUGUUUAGGUAUGAGACAAGUCCCAGAAACCACCAGCAAGAACAAAAGAAAAGACAAUUAAAGUCAAACAGACCCCCAAUAAUUAAGGAGUACUCCAUGUUGUAAAUGGAAGGGCAGCAAGAAAUGAUCUAGACAUGCAAUUCAGGGCAUGUUAAAUGUGGAACAAGAAAACUUAAUGCUGUUACUCUUGAUGAAUGCCCGUGAUUUACCAAUUUAAAAAGAAAAGUACAAAAAACAAAACUCAAAGAAUUACCUCUUCUUUCAUUUUAAGAUGAACAGAUACAUGAUGGACUACAAAAUGGAUGCUGCAGAACUAAACAAAAGGCGUGAAAAAGGAGAAGGCAGUACUUCACCCAAUGGCCUUGGGAGCCAUUGGAUUAUACUUUUACAUAAUAAUCUAAGCACUUAUGUUUGGAAAGAAGACCUUAUAUAUAUAUAUAUAUAUAUAUAUAUAUAUAUAUAUAUAUAUAUAUAUAUGAGAAUAUGCCAUUCAGCCCAGGAAAGCUCGCUGUACUUAUCCACUUCAUUCUUCUAAAGUAACAUCAAGUUGAGUUUUGAAAUUCCUAACAUCUUACUGUC